GGUGCAUAGCUUAGCUAGUUCUCUGUCUGAAUUGGUUCCUUUCUUUUUCAUUUAGAAGUAGAACAUGGUGCAGGAGACUAACCAGUCCUUUGUGGCUGAAUUCAUCCUUCUGGGCUUCUCCUUCAACCCCAGCACCACUCCUCUGCUCUUCUCAGCCUUCCUGAUGACCUACCUGCUGAUUAUUCUGGGAAAUGGCUUAAUCACCAUCCUCAUCUGCCUGGAUUCACACCUCCACACACCCAUGUACUUCUUUAUUGGCAUCCUUUCCAUAUUAGAUGUGGGCUAUACCACUACAACUGUGCCUCAGAUGUUGGCACAUCUAGCCAGCCAGAAGAAGACCAUCUCUUUUGCCAGCUGUGUGGCCCAAAUGUACAUUUUCUUGGUGCUAGGCAUCAUGGAGUCGUGGCUCUUUGCCAUCAUGUCUAUAGACAGGUACGUGGCCAUCUGCCACCCACUCAGGUACAAGGUCAUCAUGAGCCCAUGGUUAUGUGGAGUAAUGGUCAUUUUCUGUGGACUCUGGGGUGUCAUUUCUGCUCUUGUCUACACUGUUUUUGCCAUGCGUCUGCCAUACUGUGGCUCCAACAAGAUCAACCACUUCUUCUGUGAAGUUCCUGCAGUCUUAAAGCUGGCUUGCGCAGACACCUCAGUCAAUGACUGGGUAGACUUCAUUCUUGGCUUUGCUGUCAUCCUGGUCCCACUCUCCCUCAUUCUUGUCAUUUAUGUCAACAUCUUCAUUGCCAUCUUGAGGAUCCGUUCAGCCCAGGGGCGACGGAAGGCUUUCUCCACUUGUGCCUCCCACAUCACUGUGGUCACUAUGUUCUGUGUGCCAGCCAUGGUCACGUACAUGAAGCCUGGCUCUGAGGCUUCCCUGGAAGAGGACAAGAAGUUGGCCCUGUUCUACAAUGUUAUCUCUGCUUUCCUCAACCCCAUCAUCUACAGCCUCCGGAACAAGGACAUACAGAGGGCUUUCCUCAAGGUGACAGGCUGGGGCAGGGCCUUCCAGGGAAGGACAGCUGGGGAACAGAGAAGCAAGACUCAUGAUGCACAGUCAAUGCCCUAAACAUUCAUUUGCAUGACCCAGCAACACCAGGACACACACAGCCCUGGCCCCAAAUCUCAACUCUCUACAGCUGGUGGCAGACAGCCCAUGAUUUAACUGACAGACUAGUCACUGUGACAUAUCUUCCAGAUACAUCAGUCUUUCAGCUUCCUUUUGUUUUAAAGUCUCAACAGGUAACAAAAGAAGGGGCAUCCUAAGCCAUUAAGUCUAUUAUCAAGACAAAAGGAAUAAGCUUUGGGGUAUGCCCUGUGGCUGAAUCUUGAGAAAGUUUCAUUACCCUACAGGAACUGCACACAAGGUGUUAGGUUAGCUGGAGGGAAGGCAAAGGCACUGACA